AUGGACUACAAGAUGUAUCUCGCGGAGAAUGUCCUCAAUGAAAGGCGCACGGUCACUUACCGCGCUCUGAGCCGCGCGCUGAAAGUCCACGCCACCAAGGCCAAACAAAUGCUAUAUGAGUUCCACCGCAAUGAAAAUGCAAAGAAACCCCAAAGUGUCCACGCAACAUACGUCAUCUCCGGGUUCCAGAAGCCAGCGGUGUCAGAGACCCCCGUGACGAACGGCCAUGCGAAGGAUGAGGACGAGAUGCUCCCCCCCGAAUCGCCGCGUGUGAUGUCUAUUAUCAUUGCCCGGGAGGAAGAUUUGGAGGACGCAAAAUCAACCUUCCACUCCAUCUCGAAAAUCCACGUGUACAGCCUUCAACCUACUGUCCUUCAAGAUCUCAAUACAUUGACAGACGUGUGUCGGGAAAUUGCCACAGCACAUGCACAGGAUGACCCUUUGGAAUGUGGUGCACAAUGGGGCAUGAUUCAGAAUCGUAAUGUCAAGGUCUGUCUUCGCUUCAAACACGACGAACUGGAGCCCGCCCCCCUCCCCCCAGCCGCGAAGCCCAAGUCCGAACCGGUGGCCCCUAAGGAUAAGCCCGAGCCGACACUCCCAACAAAGCGACCAUUACAGAUGAAAGAGGCAACACCUCAGCCAACUUCCGAAAGCGAAUCUCAAUCGUCAUCGAAACCUGCUGCAAAGACCGCACCUAAACGCGAGAAGAGUAAUCUUUUUAGUUCGUUCGCCAAGGCUAAGCCUAAACAGAAGACAUCGACUCCCACACAAUCGACGGAGCCAAGCCAGGAUGGUCAGUUUUACCAUGACGACAGAUCGUAUCCUAGCUCACAUAUCACAGUUGUAUUGGAUGAUGCCUCUGAGGAAGAGCAGGAAGAGCUUUUUCCCGAGUCCGGUGAUAAGUCGGCAUCUGCUAACCGCGAGAGCAAGAAAGAUCGCGAGGAUAAGCUCAAGCAGAUGAUGGAAGAUGAGGAUGCCGAUGACGAAGAAAUGCCGGAUGCCGACGAGGAACCUGAACGAGAACCGACACCCGUCGAGCAACCCCCACCCCCAAAGCCUGCCGAGCUAAAGGAAGAAGUCACCGUACAGGGUGGGCGCCGCCGUGGCAAGCGACAGGUCAUGAAAAAGCGGACAGUGAAGGACGAAGAGGGGUACCUUGUCACCCGAGAGGAACCUUCAUGGGAGUCAUUCUCCGAAGAUGAGCCGGCCCCGCUUAAGAAGAAGCCGGCUGUCAACGUGCCCAAAGGCAAAGGCCCGAAGGCUGGACAGGGAAACAUUAUGUCGUUCUUCGGCAAAAAGUAA